GAGUUGUUUUGAUCGAUGUGAUUGUUUUAAGUGUUUAGUUUACCGGCGUUCGGUAAUAAGUUAUAAGUGAAAACAAUUUAAGAACAAAUUAAGUUUACUAUUAUUUCGUAGUUAAAAAGAAAAAAGAGAUAAAUAAAACUGCAUACAUGGACUUGCUUGUUAAAUUAUGGACACACUUGAUUUUCUUUUGCCAAUCAACACGAAGGAGAAUAAGAGAGACAACGCUAGCGUUCAUACUUGCCCAUCUAAUUUCAAUGGCGACGUGAGCAGUGUUGCCGAAAUGGACAAAAAAAUAAAUAAAAAAUGUAUAAGAAGUUAGCCAGAUUUUGGGUAUUUCCCCAAUGUGUUUGCCCAUUUUUCGUGAAUGGAAGAAAAACUAAUAUCAUUAAUAUUAACAUAAAACAGUGAACAUUUAACAUACAAAAAGAAGUAUCAACAUUACAAAAAAAAAAAGAACAUUGCACAAUUGUUAAAAUACAUUACAAAGACUUUCUACAACAUUCAACAAGAAUGUGUAGAACAAAAUUGUACAAAAAAAACACAUACACAAUAAAAUAUAAAUAAAUAAAAAAUGCUAAAGCUUGUAUUUAAAAACUUAAAAUCUAAUGAAUUAAAACAUAAAGUCUACAAAAAUAAAAAUCUAAUGAACUACAAUCUAGAAUAUAUUAUACAAAUCUUAAAUCUAGUUAUCCUAAAAUCUAAAUUGCACUACCACCAUAAAAACUAAUAAAAAAAGUUGAAAUAAGUAAAAUAAAAACCAUUUAUACAUUUGUCAUAAUUUGAAAAAGGCUCAAAAGGAUGCCAAAAUGGACAUCGUGCCAACUUUGCCACUACUAGAUCGGCCCUGCUUAGUUAUUAUCGAACAGCCUGACAAAUUUCAGAAGUUCAUUUAUAGGAGCCAGUCUAACGAUAGCACCUCACUGCGAUGCAAAUUCAUGUUAAGUACUCAACCACUGCGGGAAGUUUACAUAUUGUGCGAUGCGUAUACGGAAGACAACAAAUUGUCAUCACAUUUCCUUGUCCCCCGAAGCUUUGAUCCUGAUAAUUUCCCACCAAUUCAUAUACUUCAAAUCCCAUCGAGCGAUGCAAAUUCAUUAACAGGCGUUCUUUUGGAGAACGUGCACAUUUUUCGUAGACCGCGCAAGAAGUUGGAACUGAGCUUAACAGCAAAACUCCAAUUCAAACGUUUGUGGAAAACACGCCGGGAGAUAUUGACCGACGACGAGAAAGAGAAACUGCGUGGCUCAGUUCCUUUUGACCCUAGUGGCUCCAAUCAAUCAUUCGGAAAGGUCUACAUUGGAUUUACCGCUUACACUUACAACAAUAACAGCAACCGGAUGGAAAGAUAUACCGAUACCUACUUUUCCGCUUCAAUUUACGACUCAGAUAACAUCAACGUCUUGGAGCCAUAUAAUGGUUAUGUUGAAGGCGGAUCGGAACACAUAUUGGUGAUACGAGAGAGGUGUAUCCAUGAUAACCGAUUUGACAUUGAGUUUCAAGGUGAUUGUGGCUGGCGUGCUUUUGCCACGGAAGUCAGAGUUGAUGGGAGUCGCAUAUCGUUUAAAAUACCACCUUACAACGGCUAUUGGAGAGACGGCGACGAUUCAGUUUUAGUUCAUAUCCAACUACAUUGCUGCAAAACGUGUAAAGCGCGGAAGCGAUUCAAGUUUUUGUAUGAGCAAAGUAAAGAAUAUUCUCAUCUACUCAAUUAAUAUGAAUUCAACAUCGUUAUGGAGAACGGUAGUAUUGGUUCCACCCUCCUUUUUUCAUACAAUUUUGUACAAGUUUUAAUUAUUACUAUUUUAAUUUCAUAAAUAAAUGUUAAUUUUUUCGUAA